CAUGACAUCGAAGACCGCCCGGAGGUCCUAUUAAACAUGACUCCGACGGCAGCAGCAGAUGCGAACCAUGAUUACGAUGGGAAUACUCCUCCCCUUACUCGGAUCGGUGCUCUUUGGCUUCGUGGCAUCCCCUCCGGUAGAGCUCAUCGGCCUGAACUCUCUCCAGAGGCAUUCAAACGAGCUGUCGACUCCACUUACGUCUUCACCGUUUUUACAAGCGUGUCCGAAUCCAAUCUCUAUGUAUACACCUCAGACGAUGGCACCAAUUUCAACCUUUUGAAAGGACCAGCUUAUACCCCGGCUACCGGCCUUAUUCGAGACCCGAGCGUUAUUCUUCACACAAACGGAAAAUAUUACAUUGCUUACACAACUGAUUGGACCGGAACAAACUUUGCUAUCGCGAGCAGUCCUGACCUUCUCACCUGGACACUCGUUGCCACGAUCUCCACCGUUUCUUCAUUAAUAACUCCGAACAACACUUGGGCACCAGAAUUCUUUAAAGACACCAGUACCGGAGAACUGAAUAUCGUCGUUUCCCUCUUGACCGGCAGCUACGGCCCCUUCUUGCCCUACGUUUUUACUGCAAACGAUGCCACUCUCACCUCAUGGAGCAGGCCUGUCGUCAUGUCCGGCAUAUUCAAUGCGGAUUUGGGAUAUAUUGACAGCUUCCCAGAAUUAUUCAACGGUCAAUAUCAUCUUUUCACCAAAGCAGAGACAGAUGGGAAAAAGAAUAUCGAACAUGCUGUUGCCUCGUCCCUCGCAGGUCCGUAUACCUUUGUCCAUCGCAACCAUGCGACCGACAGCUAG